UUUACCAACAUCAGUGUCUCGGUCGUCUUCAUUUAUUGUGGAAUCGUUGUCCAAACAUUGCAGUUAUGUCUUGGGACCGUUUACCGUCGGAAAUUUGUUUUCAUAUUUUCAAAUUUCUCGAUUUCUGGGACCGGAAGCCACUAUCGCUGGUGUGUCGCCGUUGGAACGAAGUGGUGUUCUCGAGAUCGAUAUGCAAAAGUUUGUGCUUGGAGCUGAGUCGUGGCGAGUGGAGUCAUGCGUUGGAGAACGAGGAAGUAAAGGUGAUAGACGCUAGCGUGGUGAAAGCCAGCCAGAGAAACUAUCAGAUGGUAUAUAUAAAGUGGUGCAAUAAUUCCAGUGCCGAAAUGCUGAACACCAUCGACAAACUGCUGCUGGAAUUGGACCAAAAGUGUCAGCUAGAGGAUAUGAUAAUCGACGCACCGAUUGGCCAACAGCUGGCAGACUUCUUUAAUACGCACGCAAGCUUGUUCAUGCGUAUUCGCAAGCUACAUGUAUCGGUAGAAUCUAACGAGAUUAGGCUACAAAUCACUAGAUGCGACUUAAGAAUGGGACGCUUGGAGACGUUGUUCUGGAGAGAAAUUAUUACCAAAGAUCAGCCACACUUGGAGAGGCCUAUUUUUUCACUGCAGGCACCAAAUCUGCAAUCAGUGGCAGUUAAGCUGGCGGACUCUGAUUCGGAUAAUGGAAAUGUAUGGCACAGCAGUUUGCUGGAGAUAGAUCAAUGCUACAGACUAAGAAAAUUGAGAGUUCAUUUACACUGGAUAAUGUGGGAAUCAUUUUUCGAGCAGAAUCUUCACACUAUGGAAAAUUUGACUAUUUUUCAUAAAUUUGAUAAUCUGCCAGUUCGUAGCUGGGACGACAUUUUCUCUAGAAUGCCUAAUUUAAAAAUGAUACGAAUUUCGUUGGCCAAUGAUGCUAUUAUGACUGCCAUUAACCGUCACUGCAGUAAAUUGGAAACUCUAUUAUUAGACCAGGUCGAGCUGACCAGCAGUUUCUGGUCCACCGAUAGGGCCUUCCCCAAUCUAGUGCAUCUUCGUAUUGACGCAGGACAAAUCAGAUCGGACAAAGCUCUCCUCCUUCCCGUGUUACACCACCUGGAGUGGUUUAAUGUUCAAAAUCAGGACAAUCAUUGUUUGAAAAUAUUUGCACCCGUACUGAGUAUGCUUCGUCAGGCAAGAUAUGUUCCGUCGGACUUCAUGCUGUUGACCACUCCUCCAUUAUGCAAACUCCAGCUGGAUCUGUAUGCAUCGAACAUUCCGGAUCACUUCUUCAGGCCAUACCCCACGAUGCAAGAGCUGAGCUUUCGGGUCAGUUCUUGCCGUCCCGACUUGGAUCGUGUAUUGGGGAACUUCAAACACAUCACCAAAUUCAUCCUGAUCGCGUACAAUGCACAGCUUCAGUGCGAUGCGAUGCUGAACGAAAUGUUCAAACACUGUGAAUCGAUUACCUCGCUAACGCUGUGCGGAUUCAACCCUAACCUUCAGCUGUCGUUUCCGGUGUUUGCGCAGAUCUUUCGCAAUCGAAAUCUCAGGUUUCUCAAACUGUACGGACUUAACAUUGCGGGAAAAUCCUCCCCCCUUCAGCCACCACCACUGCUGGCAAAGUUCGAGAUGCGCUACAUAAAGGUCAUGGAUGUGGCGCUCGGGGCGUACGUGUUCUCCCCGGAUGGACCUUUCCGGGUGGUUUGCAAGAGAACCGAUGAGUUUUGCUGCUACUUCACGAAGGACUUCGCCUAACGGCUGCUAUAGCAUUGAUGAUGUGCGAGGACUCGUUCGCUGGUUACUAUUUUAUUUUAAGACUUCUAUAUUUACACAAGAGAGAGAGAGAAGAAAAACUUCAGCAAUCAUUUACCUCUGAUACAAAAUGCGAUCUCCAGUGGGAAGGUAGUGUAUAUUCGACCCAUACUUGAAUUAUUACAAACCAUACAGUUGGUUUUGGUGUAUGAGAACAAUCGUUUUGCGCAAAUAAAAUUAAAAUGUAUUCAUUAA